ACAGCGUGUUACCUGAGCUCUCAUAUCUCCCACAUUGCGCUAAUGUUGACUCUGUCUGCACAUGAAAUGAUAUCUUUGUGAAAGACCCUGCCCAAGUUUUCAACUGUACAACUGCUCUGGUGUACUGUGACACCUCAAGCCUAAGAGAAGAAUGUUAACACAGUGUAUGACAAUCUCAACAUUCGUUCUGGCUCUGUUGUCAAGCUGAAGCUGAGAAUAGGUGAUAAUCGGAAGCGGCCCCUGACAUGUGAGCUGCUGAUAUUUAUCAAGGGAAUGUACAACAGCUCCCCAACUUACAAGUAAUUAAAUUGGGAGAGACCAGGCCAUUGACCGCACUCACCUGUGGAUACUUACCUUUCACCCAGGUGUUUCUGAAAACCUCACCCAUUUCCAACCCACCCUGUCCACAAGUCUGAAGGAGAAUGGAGAAAUCCGACAAGGACAGCCUUAAAUCCUUAGGACUAUUUGCAAUCCAGUCCCUGGAUUGUCUUAAUGACCAGAUCGUGCAGUACAUCUUCACUCCCAAGCAUGCCGAUCUCACCCUGGAUACAGAGCUCUCCCCCCAGGAGCAGGAGACCCUAAAGUCCUCCAUGGUCCUCAUUCGACGUCUCCUUCUCGAUGCUCAGUCGAAAUUUCGUAAAAUGGUAGAGGACAAUAAGCAACUAGCAGCACGCAUUGAUGGCUCCAUAUAUGCAGCAAAUCAGGAAGUGAAUGCAUUGAGGGCGGAGUUAGCCGACACGAAUAAACGUCUGUCAGAGCUAGGACCCGGAGCAGUCACGAACGGACCACCAGGGGGAGGGAACAAUGUCAUAGCGAACACAACACCGCCACUCCCAGACAAAGAUCCUCCCCCAAAGUUGAAGUCGAACGACGAAGAGAAUGAGCUGAUCCAGUUACGGGAGGAGAACAGCCGGCUACAGGCAGUGAUUCAGAACAUGACAAGGGAUGCGGAAGGUUCCCAGGUCAAGACUCCACGACAGUCCAACCAGGUGCCUUGUUACGGGGAGCUGAAGCUGGAAUUGAUACAGACAAGGCAGGAGUUGAACCGCGCUAAAGGCGCUCUGCAAGCUAUGAAGGGUGACCGUAAACGUCUGAAGGCAGAAAAGCUGGACCUGCUGAACCAGAUGAAGCAGCUGUAUGGGACGCUUGAGGAUAAGGAGGCAGAGUUACGGGACUUCAUACGCAACUACGAGCAGAGAAUGAAGGAGAGUGACGAGAGUAUAAAACAGCUGGCAGGAGAGAAAGAAGAGUCCGAGCGUGAGAAAUGGGAGAUUAUCAAGCGAGCCCGAGAAGCAGCCGAGAGGUCGGUUAUUCUGAGGUCUCAGCUGGACAUGAAGGUUGAACAUAUCAAGUCCCUUGAGGAGCAACUCUCUGAGGCUAGAGAUGAAGCGUCCAAUCAUAGUCUGAAAAACAGUUUCACCCCAGAGAUGAUGCCCUCCCCUUCAAGUGGUAACACGGCAACCACACCGAGUGAGGACCUCCCACCUUACGAAACCCCACCUCCUUCUGCCUCAUACAAGUCCAAGGAGGACAACUUUGACAGUAAGCAGUUCACUCCUAUAGAAGACAAGAGCACGACGGUAACCCCUUUCUUGAGCCUCCUGAAUUACAGCGCAAACAACAGCGGCACCACCAACCAGGAGGACCACUUAGACCAUAGCGGGGAAUCCAAGAGGAAGAAGCGGAGGAGUUUUGGCUCAUUGUCCAAAGUUUUCAGUAUUGGUCGCACUCGACGUUCUAUUGCCGUUCCUACAAAUUUGGAUUUGGAGGAACAUGACGGCUCUAGUCUAAGGGUCAGUUUACUGAGUGCUCAUAAUUACCAGGAAAAACUGCAGAUAAUUGACCAAUCUAAAGACACUCAUAUGUCCUCCUGGAAAGCCAAUCAGGUGCUAGCAUGGCUGGAGAUUGUUCUCAGCAUGCCUUUAUAUGGAAAACUCUGUGCUGAAAAUGUCAAGAGUGGCAAGGUAUUGUUAGAUCUCAGUGACGCAGAGCUAGGGUCUGCCCUGGGAAUCACAAACAUCUUACACAGACGCAAGUUACGGCUGGCAAUAGAGGAACACAGGGACCCUAGCAGUGUGAAGUGCCCUAAAAUGUCACUGGUGGACCACACCUGGGUGGCUCACCGCUGGUUACCUGACCUCGGCCUCAAACAAUACAUGACUGUCUUCGAGGUGCAGCUGGUGGACGGACGACUGCUCAACAUCAUAACGCGUAAAGACCUGGAGAAAUACCUGGCCAUCCACAGGAAGUUUCACCAGGCCAGUAUUCUGAAUGGAGUGGAGCUGUUACGGAGGGUGGGCUUCGACAAAGAGGUUUUGUCUCAGAGGCGAAGUCAGUGUGAGAGCAAAGACACAGAUCCUCUGGUCUGGACCAAUCAGAGGGUCAUUAAGUGGGUACAGUCCAUUGACCUUGGGGAAUAUGCUGACAACCUCGUGGAUAGUGGUGUUAAUGGUGCUCUUAUGACCCUGGAGCCGUCCUUCAAUGCUGAUGUCAUGGCAACUGCCUUAGGUAUCCCUCCCUCCAAAUCUUAUGUCAGACGCCAUCUCACAUCAGAGUUAGACACUUUGCUUAAACCUGCCAGAGCGGCUCUGGAAACAGGAAGUGGGGAGAAAAAGAAACCAAGUGGAGGGACUCUGGGAAGGUCUUUCACUCGGUCAUUUCGAGGAGGCAGCGCAGACGAGAGCUCCUCUUCAAGGUUUAGUUUUCGGGGGUCAAUAGGCCGUGCAUUUGGACGAAAAGUGAAGGAAGACUCACGGCAUUCCUUUGACCAUGACACUCCAGGGCGGCAAAAACCCACCAUUUCUGGUCCCAUUUCUCCACCAAUCAAAAACAGCUCCUUCUGCUCGGAUAUCAUGCUGUCCGACAACAGUGCAUAGUUUUAUGGCAAUAUCAAGUGCUCAGACAGUUUCGGAAAAAACUUGGCAAUGAUUUUUUACUUCAUUCCAGAGAAAAUUUUUAAAAGAAAAAUGUAAAUAAUGCUGAAGAUGAAUUAAGUGAAUGUGUUGUGUUGGGAUAAACGCUAAGGAGCAUUAUACAUGAUGCUUUCAUUCUAAAAGAUCUCGUUUGUAUAUUAAUUACUCUAUCAGCUGAUGGGAGUGUUGUUGUUUUCUGAAGUAGUCAAGUGUGAGGAAUUUACCUAGUCCAAACUGCUGAAGGCUACAAAUGUAUGUUACAUUGUGUGAUGAGGUGUUCCUCAGUGGUCAACAAAGUUGUAUAAUAAUACAAGACAUAUUCAUGUAUAUGUAGAACUAAUUCAUACUGUGUAACUUUUGAUUGUUACACUUGUAUAAUAAUACAGGACAUAUACAUGUAUAUGUAGAACUAAUUCAUACACUGUAACUUUGGAUUGUUACACUUGAACCAGUACUUGGAUUUCACCAGCACUAUGGCUGUAGUGGUAAAAUGUGUCACAAAGUUACAAAUGACUGUAAUUUAUUUGCAUGUGUAGUGUUGCAACAUUUGCAACAUAUGCAAGACUGUGAUUGUUGCAAAUCUAUUGUCAUCAAACAGUUCGCACAUUUGACACAAAGCACUUUUUGUAUUGAGGUAAUUGAGGCAAGGCCCUUGAAGUUUUACCAGUAUUACAUAAGCUGUCCUGACUUGUGAAUAGGACUUGUUUAUUGUUAAACAAGCUCACAUGCAGACGAUUCAUCGCGUGCAAACGACUCCAUGUGAAAAGCCAGAAUUUAAGGUCUCGCUGCACUUCCAUAC